UAAUCAGCAAAAAAUUUCCAUUACAGAGCUGUGAUUAUCAGCUUAAACCCGUAAAGACACCGAUUGUCCUUAUUCUGUGCUUGAGCGAUGCCGUCAAUGGCGCAAAACGGCACCACCAACGCUAACACCGAUUCCGUUGCCAGGAGGGAAAAAAUUAAGAAACAGAGAGAAUCUUUACCAAUCGCUUCAGUUAGAGAACGACUCAUCGAAGAAGUUAAAAAACACGAUAUUUUAAUCAUUGUUGGUGAAACCGGAAGCGGAAAAACUACUCAAUUGCCGCAGUUUCUAUUUAAUGCCGGAUUCUGCCGUGACGGGAAAGUGAUUGCUGUCACACAGCCGAGGCGAGUUGCUGCUGUAACUGUAGCGAAACGUGUAGCUGAGGAAUGCGGAGUUGAAUUAGGUCAAAGAGUUGGUUAUUCUAUUCGAUUCGAUGAUAAGACUUCUUCCGGUACUAAGAUUAAAUACAUGACUGAUGGUUUGUUACUUAGGGAAGCGUUAUUGGAUCCGUACCUCUCUAGAUAUUCUGUCAUUAUUGUUGAUGAAGCUCAUGAGAGAACUGUCCACACUGAUGUCUUACUGGGCUUGCUUAAGAAGGUGCAAACUGCAAGAUCAAAGUCUGUUGCUCACCGUGGUUCUAUUAAUGAUAAUAAGGAUAACAAUGGCACAUUGAAGGAGAAAGAAAAUGAUGAUCAAAGCAUUAUGUCUCUCAAGAAUUGCCAAGGUAGAAAAUUCUCUCCACUGAAGUUAAUUGUCAUGUCUGCUAGUUUGGAUGCACGUGGUUUCUCGGACUACUUUGGUGGUGCCAAAGCUGUUCAUAUCGAAGGACGUCAACAUCAAGUGGAUAUACUUUAUACAGUUCAUCCUCAGGAAGAUUACCUUGCUGCAUCCUUGAUGACUAUAUUCCAGAUUCACAUGGAGGAGGCCCCUGGUGAUGUACUUGUAUUUCUGACUGGACAAGAAGAGAUUGAAUCAGUUGAAAGACUUGUGCAGGAGAAACUUCAUCAGCUGCCUGAAACUAAUCGAAAAUUAUUGACUGUUCCCAUAUUUUCAUCUCUUCCAUCAGAGCAGCAAAUGCGAGUUUUCAUGCCAACCCCACUUGGGCAUCGUAAGGUAAUAUUGGCAACAAAUAUUGCUGAGACAUCAGUGACAAUUCCUGGAAUCAAGUAUGUUAUAGAUCCUGGAUUGGUAAAAGCACGUUCCUAUGAUCCAGCCAAAGGCAUGGAAUCACUGAUUGUCAUUCCAACAUCAAAAGCUCAAGCUCUUCAAAGGAGUGGACGUGCCGGGCGUGAAGGACCUGGCAAGUGCUUUCGUCUCUAUCCAGAGAGGGAAUUUGAGAAACUUGAGGAUUCAACAAAGCCAGAGAUCAAAAGGUGCAACCUUUCAAAUGUCAUCUUGCAGCUCAAGGCUUUAGGUGUUGAUGAUAUCAUUGGGUUUGAUUUCAUGGAAAAACCAUCCAGGGCAGCUAUUGUCAAGUCACUGGAACACUUGUUUCUGCUGGGUGCUUUGACCGAUGAGUGUAAGCUGUCAGAUCCUGUCGGCCAUCAAAUGUCCCGGCUUCCCUUGGAUCCGAUUUAUUCCAAAGCUCUCAUCCUGGCUAGCCAGUUCAACUGCUUGGAAGAAAUGCUAAUAACUGUUGCAAUGCUCUCAGUGGAAUCUAUUUUUUAUGUCUCCCGUGAGAAGUCAGAAGAGUCAAAAACAGCAAUGAAAUGUUUUUCAAGUCCAGAUGGAGACCACGUUACAUUGAUUAGUGUUUAUCGAACAGCAGAUGAACUUUGGGAAAAAAGGAAGAUGGAACUUGGUAAUGAAAAAAACUUCAGAGGUAAAGGUGAAAAAGUUUUGAAAAAAUGGUGCAAGGAAAAUUUCAUUAAUAAUCGUUCCCUGAGGCAUGCUCGUGAUAUUCACAGUCAAAUUCGAGGGCACGUUGAGCAAAUGGGUCUUUGCAUUUCUUCUUGUGGAGAUGACAUGCUUCAGUUCCGCAGAUGCCUUGCUGCUUCCUUUUUUCUUAAUGCAGCUUUGAAGCAGCCUGAUGGGACAUACAGGGCAUUGGCAAGUGGUGAAGUAGUGCAGAUUCAUCCUUUUUCUGUGUUGUUCCGGUCUAAAGCAGAGUGUGUAAUUUUCAACGAAUUAGUCCAGACUUCUAAGAAGUACAUCCGGAAUGUAACGAGAAUCGACUAUUUGUGGCUGACUGAACUUGCUCCUCACUUUUAUGCUUCUCAGAAUUAAAAUUUUGCUUAAAAGUAGGAGGAUGGUUUCCACAGUUAAUCAUCGAGAACGAGCGAUGAUGAUACAACCAUUCAACCAAAUUUGUGGCAUACAGCAUUGGAGCAUUUUCAUUCUCAACCUGGAUGCCUGUACUGCUAGUAUCUCUGAAUAUCUGGCGUUUUGUUGUUUUGAGCUUUGCACAGUGGUGGAAUCUUCGACUCUUCAUCCUCAAAAGGGACUUGACUCGCUAAUACAAGAAAGGUUACUGCUCCAGUUUUGCCUUUAGUUCUGUCUGUUGAAAAUCAGAAUCUUUUCCAUCUAACCAUAUCUUUGAGCAGGCAGUGCAUUAUUCUUCAUCUAGUUUGGGUGGGGGAGCCUCAGAGAUACAUUUUAAUUUCCAAUUCACCAUCGGAUCUGGUUGGUAUCUCCCCCAAAUGCUAUCAUGAAUACUGCAUUUGUGCUCAUCGGUGAUCCGGUAUUAUAUCCUGCAACACUAACUUGAAUUUUUGGCCUUUAUUUAUAGCCUUGUAUACUCAAAUGAUGAAAUUCCAUCUUAGGUGACAAAUUUCAUUCUAAAUGUAAUACCUUUUUUUUUUUUACUAUUGUUUGGAUAUCCAUACCAUUUUGAUAAUGAUUAACUAAUUUUACCAUUA